GCUAGCUAGCUAUCCACGAUCCGCAGGACGUAGCUAGCUAGCUGCCAUCCGUACGUACAUGUACAUGUACGUAUCUGUGCUGCCGCUGUCGUAACUAUGGUCAUGAAGAGCUAAACGUGAGCGUUAUCUGCAUCGUUUCUGUACCUUGAAAGUGCAGUGUAUACUACAUAAACUAACUGAAAUGAAUCGCAAAGCUGACAGACCAAAGCGUGGUAAGAAACCACCAGUAGAUCCAGAGCCUGAAUUAGAAUCCUCUCCCGUAAGAGCCAAGAGAAUCAGAGGCUUGUCAGAGGUCAGACUUCAACCAACGGAAGACUUCAAUCAAGAUUCUGCCAUUGGGUCCAGGAGAGGUCGAACCAAUGGAAAAUCAUCUCCUAAGAGAAACUUACAAGAUAAAUCUGGUCCAUCUACCCCAAGCACCAGUGGUUCCCCCCCACCAAAGAAAGGAGCGAAGAAAAACCAGCAAAACAAGGGUGAGGGGAAAAGUGAUGUGAGUUCGGAUGAUGAAAGUACUCUGAGUAAUGUGUCAGUACCCGAAGACAUAGAAACUCCAAGUACAGAUGUUGCCACCCACAGGAAUACUGCAGAAAAUAUCACUGGAGUGAAAAGAAAAGCCUCAUUUCCUGACACUGCUACUCCAUCAAAAAAAGUGGCUGUUGAUUUGAAAGAGUUUAGAGGCCAUCGUGUGCUUGCAAAGAGAGAAAAUGGUUUCUAUCCUGGUAUCAUCAAGCAACAGCGCAAAAAUAAAGAGAUUGGGGUCAUGUUUGACAAUGAAAAGAGUGUUAAAUAUUACCCAAUUUCAGAAUCGAAUGAGAAUGUUGAAAUUGUUGGUGAUAAGGUGCCUUCGUGUACCAAAGUGGGUGUUGGCUCUAAGAUUCUGGUUCAGAGAACGCCUGGUCAGGGAGCCUACAUAGAGGCCAUUGUCAAAGGCAUCAAAGUAGCAGUGCAGCAGUAUGAAGUACAUGCCAUCAAUGCCACCGGACCUGAGGAGAAGAUCGUGACACCAUUAUGGAAGUUACGUCUGCUUUGUUGGCCUUGGGGGCCAGAUCCUCCCUGUCCAAUGCCUCCAAGCCGUCAACUCUCCUAUAGUCCUCAUCCACAAUCUCAACAACCUGUCUCUAACACUGAACACCAUGACAAUCCAGUGGAGACUGCUAAGCAUGCCAUGGAUUCCGAGGAUGACCUCCAGCAGGAAUCUGUUCACUUUGACAGUAAACCUCAGCCAUUGGUGUCUGCAACUAAUACCCCAUCCUCCCUCUACUCCAGUGAAUCUGACUGUCAAAAAGCAUCCAAUCUGGCUGAUCGUAAACGUCACAUUAGUGGUGCUAGCACAGCUUCCAUGGCAUCCAUAGCUUCAAGUCGGACCUAUUCGCUUUCUCCUGUCAGCCCAUCACCCAAAUAUAAGAAAGGUGAUGUAGUGUGUAAUCCCAAUGGUGUACGCAAGAAAUAUAAUGGUAAACAGUGGCGAAGGCUUUGCUCAAAGGAAGGCUGCAAUAAAGAGUCCCAACGCCGUGGGUAUUGUUCCAGACAUCUGUCCUCAUACAUGAAGAGCAAAGGGGUGUUAGGUGAUGGACAAACCAGUGAUAUUGAUUGGGAUAGUGACUCUCGCAGCUCCAGUCUUCGAACAGAUUCCAGGCCACAGAUAGAUCCCUCCAAAUUUGACAUGGAUGAAGCGGAAGCAGCCAACAUCAUUCUAGGCCUGUCACAAGGAAAUUCCAGAUCCUGUACACCAUGCCAGUCAUCAGUGCCUCAUUCUCCUCGCUCUCAGUCUAAGACACCUUCACCUGCCCACUUCAAUUCACAUAGACCCCAAACAUUCAUUCCAAUAUCUAAGUUGUCAGGGUCUUUACAAGGCACACCUACCCCUUGGAGUGCAAGUACGCCAUUGUCCGGACGAUCAUCAAUAGACAUUACCUCACCAGGUCUGCCCAAAUACAGUGCAAGUGCUACCCCUACCUUCCAAAACACUCACAGCUUUGCUACCCCUGUCAGCCCAAAUAAGUUAAAAAUGCGCAUGGAGCAUGCACGCAACCAGUCACAUGAAAUAAGUGUAGCUAGAAGUGACAGUAAUGAUUCUGGAGUGGAAUGCAUGCACAGUACCAGAUCACCCACACCAGCUCACCAUGGCAUGAAUGUCACUCCUUCCCCAAGUCACAACACUGCAUCACACCAUGUCAUCUCCCCGCCCAACAUCAUGUCACCCCCAGCAUCUAGACAGCAGACUGCACAGGGCUAUCACCACCAAUCAAGCACCAACUAUUUUGAGUUCCCAUCCCCUCCUGAGAAUAAACUGAGGGCUGCAUUGUUAGCACCCAAGGGUCAAGGAGCUUGGCAAAGUGCCCAGGAAACACAAACAAGUCCUAUCACUGAUGUGAAAGCAGCAACCCUACCCAGAGUGGCUCAUGAUAAAGCUCAUUCUCCUAGAACCAACCUGACCAUGGAAUUUGAGAGACUUCAAAGCAAAGUUCCAGUAGUGGCCCAGGAGAGGUCAGAGACACAUCAGCCAUUGUUGCCACCGCCACAGCAGGUGAUGAUCCCAGUAACUCUCUUUGAGGCAUCUGGGAAGAGGCAAGUAGUUAUUCAAGCAGCUGGACAAGGCAGCAAUGGACCUCAAAACCAGUCUCCAUCUGAGCAACAGGCAACACACCAGGCUUCAUCUUCUGUUCUAGCAGUGAGACCUGCUGGAAAUCAAGAUGGAAAUGGGUCAGGGAAGGAGGGAGGUGCAGGGAACAAUCCUGGUGGCAAUGCUGGACAGAAUGCAGUGUGGCCAUGCAUUGUUCCACCAGGCCAUGUACCAGUGUUCUACUGGCAUUCAUUAGUUCCUAUCUUCAACAUCAGUCAGCCACCUGCAUCAGUACCCAACAGUACUGCUGCACUGCCUACCAACCAGCCCACUCCUGCUGAUCAGGCUCAAGGUUCUAUUGUGAUAGCAGCCAAGCCAGGACCCAGUGGUAUUCAUACUCAGCAGUCCACCAACAAUAAGCCACAACCUAUUCAGCUCAAUAAAGAGAUAGUUUCAAGCCCACCAUUCAGUCCAUCAGCCAUGAGUCCUCCUUCCAACAAGCGACGCUCUCAGUCACUGAGUUCUCUACCAAAAGAUGCUCAUGACAAGGAGCCCAGGAGCCCAAGAAAGAUCCGAGAUAAGGAUCAUGUCCGUCGUCCCAUGAAUGCUUUCAUGAUAUUCAGUAAGCGCCAUCGAGCUCUUGUCCAUCAACGGCAUCCCAAUCAAGACAAUCGUACUGUCAGUAAAAUCCUUGGAGAAUGGUGGUAUGCCCUGGGGCCUAAGGAGAAGCAGAAGUACCAUGAUCUAGCUUUUCAGGUAAAGGAAGCUCAUUUCAAAGCCCAUCCCGAUUGGAAGUGGUGCAACAAAGAGAGAAAGAAGUCUGCUAGUGUUGUGCCUCCAGAGCUGUGUGACAAGGCAGAGGCCAGGCAACGACAUGCAUCAGAGGGAGAAACUAGCUGCACUGAUACAGAUUUUGCAAGCAGCUCAGUGACAGGAAUGCCAGUGUUUGCAUCUCACAGUGUGGAAGGGCACCAAGGACUACCUUCUGAGAAAAUGUCAGAUGGACACAAACCAACCAAACCAUCUCAGAUUCCAGUAUUAUGCAUGCCUCCCAAGAAGAGAUCAUUGAGUGCAUCCAAUGUUCACGCCAUAAGCCAUGAUCAAAAGGAAGCACAUGUUGCAACUUGUCAACAACCUCAGAGAAGCAAGUUGCCUGACAACAAUUCAUCAUCUUCAAAGCACCUGCUGGCAGAUAAAUCCUUAACCCUGCUUGCUCAAUCCUCAACAAGGCGCAGGCAGGAGUCCGAGGAGACACUCAGUGAUGAAGAGCAGAUGGUGAUUGAUGAAGAGGGAGAUGACGAUGUCAUUGCUGAUGAUGAAGUAAGCAGUGUUCAAGAGGUGAAGCACAUUGAUCUAGAAUGCAAGGAGCAUGUGGCAGACAGUGACUCUGAAACGGAGUCAGAAGAUGAGACCAUGAUUGAAAACAAAGCUUUCCCUCAACAACGUUUCUCACCAGUCAUGAAACACCUGUCUGCAUCAGACAUCACCUACAGACCCAAGCCAAUCAAAGCUAAACCAGAUUCUAAUUCACCAAUCAGGACUGAGCUGGGAGUUGAUCAACCAGAUGCUGGCCCUACCCAUGAUGGUUCUCAUUCACUUGCACGGCCUGCAUCUGGCGGUAACAGCUUCCAGCCAACAGGUGCCGUCUUCAAGGCUCAUUCACCACGAAGUCGAACAGAUCCCCUGUCAGACUGUAAAGCUAAAGCUUUUUAUGAAUACCAUCCCUCAAAUAAAGAAAAUCAAGACACACGUGGACAUUUCUCCAAAAUUGAGUUUAAAUCAGGUUCCACCAAUUCAAGUCAAGGGCCUACACACCGUGAUGAACAGAGUUCUCUGAGGGCUAUAGGCCCUCAGUCAUCUGAGGCAUUGAAGUCAAUGUCGGGAAGUGGCUCUGCAAUCUCACAACAGGGACAACAUUCUGCUAUCACUCCAGCAAAUCCAACAGACCCAGAUCCGAGAAACUCUUCCGAAAGCACAUCAAGGAAUUCAGUACACGCUGCAGAUGUUUAUGUGGACAACCAAAGCCCAGCCAGCUCAGUCAUUGUCAGCUUGCCUCAGAGUCAUUCAGCUAUAGUUGGCAAGGCCCGACCUGCUUCAGAAUGUGCCACCCAGUCAAACCAGGGUUCUGUCAUUGUCAGUCCACAGUACAUGUACAUCCAAGAAAUAAGUACUGCGUCAAGCAGUGACAAUUUGAAAUCAGAGUCUGCAAAGCCACAAGACACAGCACUUGCUCAGACAUUACCUCCCAGUGUCAUGAAUAUGCCAGUUUGUAAACCAAUAUCUUUAUUGUCUACUGGUGGGGGACAGAUGAAUGCUACUAAAUUACUGCAAACAAUCUCACAAGUCAAGAAAGGCAACACUGUACAAGUGGCUGCCUGUCAACCUCAAUCCCAGAGCACUGCAGCGGUAUUAGCAAAUUUGAAUGUGAAGCCCUUGAGCUCACUCAUAUGUCAGUCUUUACCCACUUCUCAACCAUUGGCAACCAAUCAGGCAGUCACUACUCCUGUUUCCAUUACCCCUGCAACACUGACAGCCAGUGGAGGGGUUGCUCAUCUGCAGUAUAUACUCCCCUCUAUCCCAACACAGGUCCCUGGUGGCACUGCCAAAGCAGUGCCUUCUGGGUUCCAGUUAACAAGCCCUAUACAACUGGCUCCUCCAAUUAGUAGUCAGUUGACCAUCAAAGCCACACCCACCAAUCACUUAGCUGUAGUGGCAAGUGCCAAGCCCAACACUGCCCCACAGUCACCCAGUCCAGUGGUAGGAGCUGGCAAUGUCUUGACUGCACAGAUGUUGACAGCCAAUAAUGCUCAGAUGAUACCUUUGGUCGCAACUCAGGCACCCCUGACACCUCAACUUGUUGCUAUUUCCCAAACCUCAGCCAGUUCAUCAAGCCAACUGAAUCAGACCCAACAUAUGAUGCUUCAGUCAUUACCUGUGAAUGCCCUACCCAACUCACCUCUAGCGAGUCAUGUCAACCAAUCACAGUGCGUAUCAGUGAGGUCAUUUAAUAUCAAUCCAUCUACGGUAGUCUCUCAGCCAGUAACCAUCAUGACUCAGCCAUAUAGUCCAGUGGUAACUGUUGCUGCUGGCAUCCCUGUGGCUCCUGUGUCUGGUAACCAAUCCACAUUGGUACAGAAAGGCCAGACUCAUACCAAGUUCUUGCUGCCUUCAAGUCAAAGAGUGACUAUUCUUCAGCAGCCCUCUAACAACACCUCUCCUGUUACACCAGCAUCCCCUGGUCCAUUUGUAGUUUCUACCAACCAACUGGCAACAUUUAAAGGUACAAAUAGAGUCAUCACACAACAGGUCAUUGGUCAACCUCAACACGUGACUACCAGUAACCUGACUCACUCUAACUGCCAAGCUAGCAGUCAGUCACCAGUCACUAAUAUGACAUCGGGCCAUCUACCAUUGAUGACUGUACCUGCAGUUAAUCAAGCCAUAUCUCUUGCUUAUACACCUGUCAUGCCACCACAGCCAGCUACAGCUAGUUCACCAUUGCAGCCAGCUGUCAUGCAGUCAUCACCUGUUGCUAACCCAAGUUCAGUAGCUCCCUUGCCAGUUGGUGCUAUGGUCAGUGUGGCCAUGCAGCCACCAGUAACUGGUAACAGUGUUAUUGUCAGUCUUACACCUGUUCCUUCAGUUGGCAAUGGAACCAUGUCUCAGGUUGCUCAGACAAGGACUGUAUAUUCAACUGGUACAGCAGCCAAUUUGCCUAUGGUGUCAGUUACUUGCCCAACACAAGCCAGACCUAGGAUGGAAGUAUCGCAAAUGGCACCCAGCCCAAUGUCUACCCUACCUGCCACUUCUACCAAACGUGUCAAGGCCACUAUUGCCACAAUUCCAGUUGCCACUUCCAGCAUUGUUGCCACUGCUGUGAGGAUGGGUACCAAGUUACCCAUCGGUAAACAUGGCAAGGACACUAGAGGCCUGACCACCACAUCUCAGAGUUAUCUUAUGAUGCCCAAGCUAGCUCCUAUCCAGUCCUGUGCUACAACUCAAGCUACUGCAACAGUCACUUCCACAUUGCCCAAGACUCAGACAGGCAUGGAUGACUCUAAAUCAAGACUAAAACACACCAACAUAAAUGAAUCAGUGCAUAUACCGGCUCAUGCACAGGAACCCAUUGGCUUUCCAUCUACUACAGUAGUUGCACAGCGUCAUGAAGCCCUAACAGAUAGACAAGAAAAAACAGUUUCAAGAGCGCAAAGUCCAGCACCAGCAACCACCAGCACCGCAACUAGUCAGUUCUUAAACAAUGUCUCAAACACUACAACUCUUGGUGAAAACAACACUGUAAGUACUGUUGCUUCAAAGACACAGUCUAUAGCUGAUUGUGGAGCUGUGGAUUCUACCAGCCAAGAGCAGAUGUCAACAAAUGAAGCUUGUUCUCCAUCAGUAACUGAUAGUGACUUGCCAAGCAUGGCUCAAGAGCACAUCUCAGUAGAAGUAAUAGAUCAGUCUACGGGGGAUAUAGACACCAAACCACAAAGAGCUUGCAAAGGAAAGAAGUAUAAAAAGAUACUUGAAGAGUGUGGAGUCAAAGCACACAAAAAAAAGAUCUCUAAGAUUGGUACUACAUCGGCUUGUUCACCAAGGCAUCAUGAUGAAACACUGACGUCCACAAGGAACACUUCAGAGGAGGAUGGGGUAACUGUUAGCUGUGAUGAGCCACACAGGGACAAAGACACCAGUGAUUGCAUCCAGAAUGAGGAUACACACAUGCACAUUGACCGAACUACUAACUUAGAGACAGAUCAUGCAGUGGACACAUCAACAACUAAAACAGUGUUAUCAAUCAAGCCAGCAUUACCAGUCCCAGGAACACCUAAUCAGGGGCUUGUUUCAGAUACCACCAGAGAUCAGGGAACAGGCAAGCAGCUAGGCAUAGUGGGCAAUGAAUCUACUCUACCUACUUCACCGGCCAAAGAUUCCAAGCCAAUACUGAAGAGGAAUAUUGAUGAUGGGAUGGAGAGAGUCCUAGAGGAAGUGAAUUUUGAGGCUCAGUUUAAGGAGUUACCCGAGUACCAUCCUGAAGACCAUGCCCAGGAUAUUAGCACCAUCCCUCUUACUCCACAUGCCAUUGUUAGCAGUUACAGAAGGAAGAGAAAUAACUCCCAGGGUAAGGGUGAUGACUCAGGCACUGAUAAUGAUCCCAUCUCACCAAGACUCAAGUCCCCCACACGACGACCGUCAAGUGGCUCUGAGCCUAACACUCCUGGCAAACGAGCAAUGGUAGAAGACACAGUUUUCAAGUUUGGUGACAAGAUGGUGGUGUUAGGAGAAGAGCAGUCCACUCCAAAUCGGACGCCAGGUCCUGAUGAAUGUGAAGAGUUUGACUUUGAACCAGAGAAGAACUCCUCCACCUUGAGAAAGAUCUUAGACUCUCGUCGCAUCUUGGUCAUGCAGCUGUUCAAAUCAGAAGGCUACUUCCCCUCUGCUGCUGCAACGUCAGCUUUCCAGACCCAGCAUCAAGACAUUUUCCCUUCCAAAUCCAUCCUGCAGCUGAAAAUCAGAGAGGUUCGACAAAAGAUCAUGCAGCACUCCAGGGAGGAUGAGAUGGAAGAGGGUAACAUGUCACCUGGAGGUCCUCAGUCAGCCAAGUUACCUGGUACUAGUGCAAACCGACUGCAAUCUAGCUACAAAGCAACCAGCAAGACUAUAGCCUCAUCAGCUAAGAGCAAGCUAACAUUGACAUCUAUGGUCAGUACAGAUACAAGCAUGACAGCUAAACUGACCCUAACCCCACCACCCCCAGCUUCCCCUCAUGAUAAAGCACAAUGGUUAAACUCACCCAAAGGCACAUAUACAAAAUUCCAUUACACCCCACCUGCCAAGUCCCCUCUAUCUCGGACUAUCCCCAGUGCUAGCUCACCAGGACUCCAGACAGUGUCCAGUCUGCCAAAUACAGGCAGCCCACAGCGGGCUUGUUUCAUCUAUCCAUCUACUCCCGUGUCACCCUUAUCCCAGUCUGGGGCACAGAUGAUGACUGGGAGCAGAGCCCUUUGCAGUAGUCAUGUAUUGGGCCAGGUGGGUAAUAUGGAGACUAGUCAGGUAGUAAGCAGUGUUGAUGGGACUGUAAGCAGUGCAGUAAGUGCUGCUGCGGUAUCUAGCUGUAGUCUUCAACAUUUGUGAUCAAUACAGACCUGUGUUCGUUACCAUUAGGUGAUCAAGCUAACUUUUCCCAGCACAAUGAGUAGGGUUGUGGAGUUACAUUGUUGAUGUUUUGUCCACAAUAUAAGACAAUGUAACGUAUGAAGUAGCUGAAGAGGUGCAUGUACAUGUGCUUAUUGCUUAUAGCUUGAUUUGUAGUAUAGCAAAGUUUUAUGAUGUAAUAAUCCUGUCAAGAUGCAAAAAGAGCUGCUUUGUGUACUUAACUUAAUCAUGCUAAAGUUUUGAUUGAAAACGUGUAUACAGCAACUUCAGCAUAUUGUAAAUCCUAAUUCAUGGUAAUUUUUGGGCAAAACUGAUUAAUGGCAAACUGAAAUUCGGGUUGUUUUUGCAAGAAAUUUGCCCAACUAUACUGCCCAUUUGGAAAUGAUAAGCUGACCCACUAUGGUGAUAUAGUUAGGGUGUUCCACAUAUUUUUCAUUCACGGCCUUAGUUAUCCGAUUUGAUGAAAGAUACAGGCAAACCCAAAAGGAUACAUAGAUAGUGAAGAAACAGCAUCAUGAGUGCGCACAGCCAAUUGCUGAUGCUGAAGCAGUAAUACUUGGGUUUCAGAGAUAAACUUCAGAGGGUUAGUCUUUACCAUUAGCAAACAUAUUCUCCUCCUGUGAGUCCAUUUUUCAAAGCAUUACUGUGUAAAAAUCAUUGAAAGGCUAAAGCUUCGUUUUGAAAUGCAACAAAAGAAAACAUAACAUAGUGAAACUCAUUAUAAAACAAAGUGUCCUUGCAUAUUUUCAACACGUGAAGUCAAACUUUUUGGAAUUGUUAUUUUACCAAAGAUAUACAUUUUACAAAUACAUGUACAUGUAUAUAGGUUUAGUCUACUUCAGCGAUAUGUUUAAGUGGCCCUCACCCAAACCCAAAACCUUCAAAAGUAAAGUGAUUAUUUAUAAGGUACAUAGCUCCACAGUAAUGUUAGUUUAUUGUGAAAAUAUUCGAAAUCUGUUCAAAUUGUAAGGUUACAUUUAAUAUACAUGUAGCUUAAGAUAAAUUACAUAAUUUGCACGAAUGCAUCGUUAAUAGAAAAAAGUAUUCCUUGACACUAGUUCUGGCAUUUCUUUUUCCGUUUUUUUUCUUUGAGACAAAUGCAUGAAGCUGUGGGUUGUAUCUGCUAAUUGGAUGGAACAGACUCAUUAAUUUGUCAGUGGGAGAAUUUUAUUUGAAUUUGUACCGUUGAUGGUUGCAUGAUAAAUGUUCUUUGGACUGUUAAUUUGUUAAAGAUGUGCAUUAGAGAAGUAAAAAGGAUUGUGCAAAGGACUGAAGAAGUUUGCUGUCCAAAAUGCUCUUUUAGAUCCCUGAAUGUUGUAUGAGAAUUAUACAGCCAACUAAUUUGUGAAAUAAUUACUUUCUAUCGUCUCAUAUACAUGUAUGUUUUAUUAGUAGUUUUGUAAGUUACAUGUACAGAGAAUCUAAGAAAUAGCUUUUAACAGAUCAUCUUGGAAAUUGACUGCAGUGUCAUUUUUUAGACAAAAGAAUGUAGUAUUACUGAUUCAGGAGUACCAGUUUUACAGUUGUUUGUAUCCACGGUCAAAGUAUUCUGGUUAAAGUUGGGUUCUCCAUGUGAAUGCCAAUCUUACAUUAAUGAGCAAUGUUCCUGUGCUGUUGUAGUCUAUAUGACAGAUUUUACUGUGAAAUGUUACAUCAGUUCCCAGUCAGCAUUAUAGGCCGUGUAGAGCCCGAUUUGAGGCCUAGCUUAAAAAUGCAAUCUUUGUGCAUACAUUUUGAAAACCAUAUGUUAAACCACUCAGUUAAAUUGAAAGCACACCCGGAAAUGCCUUUUUCUGGUUUUUAUUUCCAAUGCCUUUCAUACUUUUGUGCACCUUUUCAGAAUGCAAAGCACUUACGAGGGUAGAAUUUUUAACUGUGUAUGCUGGCCCAAAAAGCAAAUAUGUAGAUUUCAGCAGAUAUUGGAUUUUACAUACUAAGUGCAUGUAUUGAAAUGUAACCUUUUGGCCUGGUUGCAUGAUAUGAAAAUCAAGUCUGACCUGACUUUAGGGUAACAUUUACCCCCCCCAAAAAAAAAACAUUAAAUAAAUGAAAACAAAAUAACUAAGGCAUGGAAACACCUUACUGAAGUGGAUGUGGGAUGGGGGAGGGUUAUUAGUUUAAUCAAAACAAACAGAACCACUGAGCAGGACAAGAUUAAAAUAGCAGACAAAACUGGACUGGAAAUGAUUACACUUGACUUGGUUAGCUACUUCAAAGUCUUUAUAUCCUAGCUUGCCCAAGUGCAAAUAUGACUUCCUUUAGUUGUAGUUCAGAUCCUACCACAGAUAUCAUCAUGACCCACCUUCUCAAGAGUGAAUAAUACAUGUACUUUUAAAGGGAUUUCAAUUGCUUAAUCGGCGAGUUCAGAUCAUCUAGGCCACAUUGUGACACACAUUGAUAAAUGUUAUUAGACACAAGAUGUUUGGGAUCCAUGAAACUUAAUGAGGUUUCUGUCUGUAAAAUUCAGAUUUAACAAAUGUAGUUCCCCUUUUGGUUCUGAAGGUGGUUGGUGCCAAACAGUGUCAUGUUUUAUAUACAGCAUUGUUUUUAUCCAGUGUUCAGUGUAUUGCUGACAUUGGCAAAACUGCAGCUGACAAUAUAAGGCUUACAAGAAUCAAGGAAAAAUCACAAUGUCAGCAUGGCUGAAACACUCAGGUGCACAACUUAUUGCCAUUUGGAUGUCCUCAAAUGAGCAGCAUCUUCACACUGGUAAGGUACAUGGAAGAAUGUCCCAAGCAACAUAUACAUGUAUACAUGUUUAGUAGUGCAUUUUACUGCACAGUUCUGCAGAGUUACUAGCACCUAUAUGGCUACAUGUAGCUGCACUCCAAAGUAACCACAACUAUCACAUUGUUAACAUAAAUGUCCACAUUUGGCUGUGUUAUGUUGAUGUAAACUAAAACUCUAAGCACAGGCAAACUGUUCAGAGGUAUUACAUGUAUGUACUAAACCAUUGUGGAUUUAUCACACAUCUUCAUUGAUGUAUCAGUGAUCCUUCCACUGAAUUCUCAUAAGAUCUCGAGCAUCUUGCCAGAGUAGGCACUUGUAGAUGGGGAGGGGUCACUUGCAGAUGGAGGGCAGGGUCACAAGCAUCUUGCCAGAGUUGGCACUUGUAGAUGGGAAGGGGUCAUAACCUCAGUGCCUGAUGAGUACAUCACAAUCAACAAUCUCCACAGUUUUUCUAAUUUGUCUGUGCCCAAGAAUGUUAGUUUACAAACCUUUGUAUUAUUUGUGUAAACUUAUGUUUGAAGCCACAUUAUGCUCAAACAAGAGCAAGACAUACACUGCAAAUUGUAACCAUACAUUCAUUUUUUGCCUGCUUGUAAAUAUAAAAAUCUUUAAUUCCAAACAUAAAUAUGGUUAAUGUACAUGCAUCCCUGUAUCAUAAAUGUAUAGAUAUAUGGCAGACUGUAUGAUUGAAGUGAUGAGAUCUGUAAAUACCCGCUAUCUUAUGGCAAGUCAAACUUUUGAUGAAAUAUGCGAUCUGAUUUUUUUUUUAGUUUUAGUUUCUCCAAAUCCACAAACACUAAUUACCCACACAAGUUUGUAUAAAUAUGUAUAGCAUUUGGCUUUGCUGCAUGUUCGCACACUUGUUCACCACAAAUUUUGUGUUGAAAACUUUAAUGAGUGAAAACUUUUAAGCUCAAUGACAAGUAUGUUAUGUACACUCAAACUGGAUUGGGAGCUGCACCACAUCCACAAAAAAUACAUGGUAAAAAUUGUAUAUGCCUUUAGUAGUCGGUCACCUUGUACUUUCCAAAUGGAAAGUCGGUUUCACAUUCUGACGUCAUGGGGUUUUAAGCUCCAUUACUUUUCCUGUGUCAUCACUAGGACAGUCCACCUGAAUCUUGAGUAAUUACUGUCUGUGGGAAACUGUCCAGCCAAUCUCUAUUAUGCCUAGUGAGGAUACCUUGCGAACUUACAAAUUUGUAUGAGAUCAAGCUAAACCAGUGCAUAAUUUAUUUCUUAAAUAGUUUUACUGACAUAUUUAGCAAUGCAGCCAAAAUGUACAAUGUACAUGUAUGCUCAAUAAAAAUGAGAAGUAGAAACAGAU